UACAAACAUACGAUCGGGAUCGGGAUUCACAUCUACUUUCAAUUUCAAUUUUAUGUUCAACAGUGUCCAAUGUUGAGAUGGACACGAAUCUUCUACAGUUCCCUAAAGAAUUCGUAUAAAAACUGGAAGAUUUACACAAAAUGUCGAGUACUAGUGAAAAGAAAUGUUCCCAUUGAUACUGCGUUAUCAAAACCGACGGAUGGCGGAGUCCCAUACAAAACGUCAGGGAUCUAUGUGUUCAAGCAAAAGAGAAAGGUGAUUUACCUCGGCAUGUCAUCGACUGACAUCCGUAACCGCAUCCAGGCACACCUGAGCAAUAAUGAUCGGCAGGAGGUUGGCAAGUAUUUACAGAAGUGGCAUUUCAGAGCCAUCACAGUUUCUUGGGUAGAGGAAAAGGAUGCUGAAGUCAAGGAGAAACAGUAUAUAGACAUUGUUGGCAACCUACAGGGUUGUGCACCAGUUUUAAACAAAACAUCUGGAAACUCAAAGAAAAUCCACAAAAAGACUUGGCUCCGGAGAUUUUUCAAAUAAAAUUCUUGAAAAACAUCACAA